CAGGUAUGAGAUCAGUCGAGCAAUGUCCACCACACAGCACAGCACACUGUUGGCUCUCAUGCAUUGCUGUCUUUGUCUCCGCCAUUGUCCACUUGCAACACAUCAGCCUGCCCCUCUGGCUGCUCUGCCUCCUUCGCAUUCGGCACUGACGCCACCAUAGACAGACGCCGCAGCCGGUCGGCCGCGAAGGCACUCUGCAUAUAGCCAUCCAGGAGACGCACACACGCACAUGCAACGACUGUGUGCCCUGCCCUAGUGCACAGCAUUACCAGUCUAUCGACGUUUAGGGCCUGCUCGAAGAGGGAACGAGCAGCACGGAGGUCGCCAGCCCAUUCGAUGGCGUUGGCUAUCGACGACGUGUGUUGAGGGUCUGUGGGGCCGCCAUUGGCGGCACGUGUCUGGCCGAUGAGCCGAUAGAACUCACCCAAACCGCACAAUGAGUCGGCAUCCUAAUGGACAGACGACAGACCGACAGACAGGUCUACACGAGAGAGAGUGGGAUUCCAUUUCUUCCUUCAUUCACCUCACUGUCGACAGCGAGGGAUUGCUUGUAGUAAUUUCGCGUGUGCACCCGCUGAAUGGCCACAUUGCUAUCUGCACACGGCCAACACACGUGCUUGCUGCAUGACAAUGAGACACAGCAUUUCCCACCAGGCGGCGUGCUCAGUCUCGUCCCAGAGCUGCUCGAUGGCGCCUCGCUCCUCUCCGGCCGCAUGGCCCGCCUCUCGUGACCAGGGUAAGUCACGAUGGUCGGUGCACCCAAUCGAUGCGCCUCAGCGACCUCUAGCGGAGGGGAUAUGCUCGAUUUCAGUGCACGCACAUAGGCCAGCAGGUCUUCAUCAGACGCCGCCUGCUCAUCGGCGGGGCAGGAGGGCAUUUCGAUGCCGGUGUGGUCUUCUUCUCCUUCUGCAGGGACCGAGGCCUCCUGGUCGUCAUCGAGAGACACGUUGGGCGGUGGGCUGAGGUCGAUGCUGUCGAUCAGAUUCUUGCCCAUGACGGGACUGUUGCCGCCUGGACAAUGACAAUGGAGAGGAUAACACAUCACAACAGGACAUCAUGUGUCUCACACGGAGUGCCAGCCCACCGGAUUGCGCAGGUGCCGUGCUCAAUCCUGUCCUGUCGACUUCCCGCCCUUCGUCCUUCCCCACGGGCAGCGCCACCGACGCGGCCCUCUCCUCCAGUGAGUCCAUCAUGUGCAGCCCACCGCUCUCGAAACUCAAUGCGCCGGAGCCAGCAGUCUUGGCGCGCAUCAGCUUGACGAGCACCUUCACCAGGUCCUCGAGGGACCGGAACAGCUCGCUCAGGCCGAACAGCUUGACGGCGCGCUCUUUCUGCCGAGAAAAAGGGACAGCGAGGGAGGCUGUGCUGUGUGUGAUUGCGUGUGCGUGCGGUUGGGUGGGAACUUUGUUGCACUCGACUGCCUGUCUGUAGGCGGCACGUGCUGCCAUGAGGUGGCCGCGGCAGAGGAAAUUGUGAGCGAUGCCGAGCCAACACAAAGUGGACUGCGUCAUACAUACACACAUACACACAUGCGUGUAUGACGUAGGGACGCGCAAGGAGUGUGUUCGUCUUGGUUACCUUUGGCUUGACUUGCAGGACACACCGGUAGAGCACGUCACUCGACAGCCAGCGACCCCGCCGCUCCCUGGCAGCCAGAAAAAGAAAAAAAGAUGGCAGUCGUGCAGGGGAGGAUAUGUGUGUGCUCACCUGUAAUACUCGGCAGAGAGGAAGAACGUCUCGAUUGCAGUCGGCUGUGGACAACAGGUCAAACAGAAAAUCAUGCUCGCUGCGUCAUGCACGAGACAUCACUGCACCUACAUUGCUGGCGACGUAGGUCGCUGCCUCUCGAUAAGGCAUCUCCUCAAGCAGACCUGAGCACACCACCAGCAGCCACAAUGCACCAGAGGCGUGACUCACUUCGCAUUGGCUCACCGUCGAUCGACGCCUGGGACGAGAAGUCACUCAGACCUCUCAAGACCACCCCACCUGACACACAAUCCGGACCCAGGACCGACAUCUCGAGACAUGGAGUCCGGCUGCCCUCACCUUCGGCCCCGGCUCCCUCUCUCUUCACCUCCUUGCCCUCGUCUGCAGCCGGUUGCCCCUCCUGCUUGCCUUUGGCAACCGCAAUGGAAGUUCUCGGAUUGAAGGUCCCGAUAGGGGCGCUGCUCAUGGGCUCGCUCAGCUGCAGCUCACCCAUGAGGGACGGCCGCACCCUGGGUGACUCGGUCUGCUGAGGCACUUCCUCGGGGAUGGGCAGUGUCUGCAGCGACAGUCGCAUCGAUGAGCUGGGCGACUCGCGAGGGGGGACAUCACGCCCAGGGGGUGUUGCGGGGGGAGGGCUACAUGGGACGCCAGACAGACCGACAGACAGACAGACAGACAGACAGACAAACAGACCGACAGACCGACACAUGGUAAAUGACAAGCAUACACAUUAUGCACCACAAGUCGGCGUACGCAGGCAGAGGGACUUUGGGUGCAGGGCCCGAUGCCUUGAGGACGGGCAGCUGUGUGGGCAGGGAAGCAGGCGCAGCUCUCGGAGACACGACAGAUCCCCUGGGCGAACUCUUCCUUGAUGUGGGGCUGGCCGCGUGAUCAGUGGAGGGCGGGGCCUCCUGCUGAGAUGAGAUGGAUGCGCGCUGGGACUUGGGUGAGGGUGUGCGCUUCACCCGCUCCUUAGACGUGUCGGUGGUGGGGAGGUCUUCAUCGAUCAUCCACAUGGCACGGUACUGUGUCGUGCCCCAAUAGUAGACACCUCCAUUCUUCAACAGGCUGCGACACAACGGGAGAUGACGACUUGGAGACAUGCAAUGGUUGCUCUGCCUAACCUUUCGGCGCUUUGUUUGCACAUUAUCUGGUGCAUCUCUGGCAUGAGGACCGUAGUCCCCCUCAAUCUCACCUCGUCAGCAGCAGGCCCGCCCGCCUGGUCACCUUCUCCUUCAUGAGAAGCUUCGCGGUCGAGUGCAGCUGCCACAGAGACGACACACUCCCGAAGUGACGGAGGGAGGGAAGGGGCGGGGUCCUGCAGACAAGAAAAAGUGCAUGUCUCUCUUCGCGCAGGCGCCUGCUCGUGUGUGGGUGGACCACAAGAGUGAGCACAGUAGGGCUUUCAAGCAGGUCAUCAACAGUCGGGCGAGACGAGGGCAGUGGACUCAGCAUCUGACGAGGCAACCCAGAACAAAUGUGCGCAUCUAGGUGUGGCUGCAGAAGCAUAUCUAGAUGGGCUUCACCGUGCAGAUGAGCUCGAGGAAGUCCGUUUGGGGCGGCGGUGCACCAAUCGCUUCGAGACGCGACAAAACGAACUGUGGCACCCCGUCGGGGGAAAGCCGCAGCACGUCCGCCUGCACCCACAUACACAAGCACCGCCGUGCACAUGCAUCAGCAAAGCAGUCCCAGCCACGCUAACCGGAUCCCCGAUGAACUCCGAAUGAGGCGUGAGCGUCGCCAUCUCGAGCAGACACAUACCCAGAGCAAAGACGUCAUCCAAGGGCUGCACACCAAAGUGGUCCGGUGUCUCCUUCAUUGCCGCCAGCCGCUGUCGGGGGUAGAACGGGGAGUGCGGCAUGUGGGCAUUCUCAUGGUCGGAAGGCAGCGUGUUGACGUGAGCGUCACCGAUCUUGAUCGCGGGAGCUGUGCGGCCGCCCUUGCCAGUGGGGGCCUUCAAGAACAUGUUGUUCAGCUGCAGAUUGCCAUGAACGAAACCUGCGAGCAAAGGAGGCAUCAUCGUGUGGACAGCCUCUGUGUGAUAAACAGUGACCUUGGUGAUGGAUUGUCUGCAGUGUCUGCAGCAGGGUGGCGGCGAACUGAUGCAGCUGGCCAGGAGAAAAAUAGGCAGGCGGGUCGAGGGCGCGGCGACGAAGGAUCUCGUGCUCGAAGCUUGUGUCCAUCAGCUCCUCUGACACACAUACAAACACACAAGCAGCCGCAGCCGUGUCUCGUUGUCCGUGGGCCAUUUCUGUUUCCAUUUUAGCCUACCCACGACGCAGCAGCGGAACUUGCUUCCCUGUGUACACUCCUCAAUGAAGCACACAUUGGCGAGUAUCGUCACCUUGCCCGACUCUUUGGCUUUGAAUUCCUUCAUCCACUCUGCUUGCCCCACAAACUCCCCGAGCACCCUCUCCGCCUCUUCCAGCGUGUCGAGGGCCACCCUUUUCAGUGCCAAGUGUGGUUUCUGCUCACUGCCAGAGGUGGACAAGCUGGCGCUGAGUCGUCUGGCUGGCGUCACACACAGGACGUCCUGAAACACGGGAACACACACGAGGGGAGGGGGUGAUAUGUUUCUCGUGUUUUCUCAUUCUUUCCUGCUCACCCCGUAGCCCCAGCAUGCGUCCCGGCUCCCCAGCUUUCGUACGACUUCCCAACGCUCCAUCUUUCUGUCCCCCGCUCA